UGAACCGGGUAAGGAGGCUGUUUAGAGCUCCCAGUAUGAGCUGUAUGGGGUUCCCCUGGGUGUGGGGCCCAGGCCAAGGGUCACAUAGAGCAGGGUGUGCGGGCCGUUAGCGUUCCCCCUGGGAGCAUCCCGGUAUUGAGUACCUCGGAGUACCGAGUAACGCCGUGCAGGGUCAGGGAAUGUCACGCUAGUUGGCAAGGGUGGCUGGGCACAGGUCACAGCCCUCGUGGGCCCCGGCGUGGCCGGCGUGGGGGCUGGCCGCCAAGUGCACGCAGAGGCCGGGACGGCACAUAAGGGUGUCUGAGCCCCGCCCGCCAAAUCGCUGGGGCUAGUACUCUAGAGCCUCCGCCAGGCCUGCCGCGGAGCAGGAGGCCCUGUCCCGACGCUGCGCGCUAUCGCGAUCCGCCUCAGGUGACGUGGCGGGGGCGGGGCCUGAGCAGGCGCGGCGGCAGUGGUUGCGGCGAGACUCAGCAUCGUGGAGCGCCUAGCCACCGCGAGAGAUUAAAUGGCCAAGACAGACAAGUGGAAUUAGGCCUUGCUGUGGAGACUUCAUCUUCUUCUCAGUACCUGGCCAUUUAUGAUGAGGCGGCUAAUGAAACUGUGAUGUUUGCAUAUUUUCUUGUAGGUAUUUUCUUGAUAUAUUUUAUUCAGCGAUCAUGGAAUGAGCACGGAUUCUGCCCUAGGCCUUGUACUGGGGACUGCUAAAACAGACAAGGAGCCCACAAACUUGUUGGGACAGACUGAAGGCCGUAGUAAACACGGGUGUGAAGGAACCGUUUGCCAUGGAAGCCAAGGAGCUGGAGAGCCCUACGCCUACAUAUCAUUUUAUUCCUGAGGCUGACCAGCCCAGGGAGGAAGAUGGCAGCAUGUUACCUCAAAGGACCACGGAAUCUAUGCAGCUGAAGAAGGAGAUCUCUCUGCUGAAUGGAGUCAGCCUGGUGGUGGGCAACAUGAUCGGUUCAGGAAUCUUUGUUUCACCCAAGGGCGUGCUGGUAUACACGGCCUCCUAUGGGUUGUCACUGGUCGUAUGGGCCAUUGGUGGACUUUUCUCUGUCGUGGGUGCCCUUUGCUAUGCAGAACUGGGGACCACCAUCACCAAGUCUGGGGCCAGCUAUGCCUAUAUUCUAGAGGCCUUUGGGGGCUUCAUUGCCUUCAUCCGUCUGUGGGCCUCCCUGCUAAUUGUUGAGCCCACCAGUCAGGCCAUCAUUGCCAUCACCUUCGCCAACUACAUCAUCCAGCCCUCCUUUCCCACUUGUGAUCCCCCGUACCUGGCCUGCCGUCUCAUCGCUGCUGCUUGUAUAUGUCUGCUGACAUUUGUGAACUGUGCCUAUGUCAAGUGGGGCACACGUGUGCAGGAUACGUUCACUUACAUCAAAGUCCUAGCGCUCAUUGCCAUCAUUGUCAUGGGCCUCAUUAAACUGUGCCAGGGACACUCUGAGCACUUUCAGGACGCCUUUAAGGGUUCCUCCUGGGACAUGGGAAACCUCUCUCUUGCCCUCUACUCUGCCCUCUUCUCUUACUCAGGUUGGGACACCCUUAAUUUUGUAACAGAAGAAAUCAAAAACCCAGAAAGAAAUUUGCCCCUGGCCAUUGGAAUUUCUAUGCCAAUUGUGACGCUCAUCUACAUUCUGACCAACGUGGCCUAUUACACAGUGCUGAGCAUUUCAGAUAUCCUUGGCAGUGAUGCUGUGGCUGUGACAUUUGCUGACCAGACGUUUGGCAUGUUCAGCUGGACCAUUCCCAUUGCUGUUGCCCUGUCCUGCUUUGGGGGCCUCAACGCAUCUAUCUUUGCCUCAUCAAGGUUGUUCUUCGUGGGGUCCCGUGAGGGCCACCUCCCAGACCUUCUGUCCAUGAUCCACAUUGAGCGUUUUACACCCAUCCCUGCUUUACUGUUCAAUUGCACCAUGGCACUCAUCUACCUCACUGUGGAGGAUGUUUUCCUGCUCAUCAACUACUUCAGCUUCAGCUACUGGUUCUUCGUGGGCUUGUCUGUUGCUGGACAGCUCUACCUUCGCUGGAAGGAGCCUAAGCGGCCACGGCCUCUCAAGCUGAGCCUGGUUUUUCCCAUCGUGUUCUGCAUAUGCUCCUUGUUUUUGGUGAUUGUGCCCCUCUUCGGUGACACCAUCAAUUCCCUCAUUGGCAUUGGGAUUGCCCUUUCUGGGGUCCCCAUCUACUUCCUGGGUGUUUAUUUGCCAGAGUCCCGGAGGCCACCCUUUGUUCGGAAUGUUCUUGCUGCUAUCACCAAAGUCACCCAGCAGAUUUGCUUUUGUGUCCUGACUGAACUAGAUGUAGCUGAAGAGAGAAAUGUUGAGAGAAAAACUGACUAGAGGCCAGAGGUGAAGUCUCCUGAGGCCUGGAAGUCUACCUGUGGCCACAGCCACCGAAGUCCAGCUGACAAGACUGUAUGGGCCCAACCCUGUUCUAAAGGAGCCUCUUGGCCCACAUUGUGUAAGGGGGUUCAGGGCUGAUGGCCUGCUCAGGUGGUCACUCUCAUUGGUAAGCUAUGGGAGGAGACUCAGGGUCCCAGGCUAGCCUGAAGGUGGGGACAUCAGAGGGUGGUGGUGGUGGGAGCUUGGGGGACAGGGGGAAUGGUUAUUGUUGUUCCUGGUGGAUGGGUACAGUCCUUACACUUUCUUGGUGAGUUGCACUGGGGAAUAGGAAGUGCUAGCUAGGUUAAUAGCUGUGGCUGGUGGUUUCUGAAUUUCUGAUAUUUGAGGUUUGAAUCAGGAGUCUCUAUGAAGGAGCUCUUUAUGGGAAGUUUUCCUCUGACCAGGUCCAAGCACCUGACUUUAGAGACCUGAAAUGCUGCCAUUUCUUCUCUGGUUCAAAAUCCUUCCCUGAGGAAAGGGUUGUAGUCCAUUACUUAUUGAUAUUAUUUAAUCAAGAACACCAAUUCUAGCAAAGCAUUGAAGUUCAUUCAUCUACAGGAUGCAAUUGGCUGUUUAAAAAAUUCAAAGUACCCAAAGCUGAGUCCCUCUGUCAGAGGUGUCUCUGUGGCGAUGGGUCAGACUCCAACCAGAUUUUUUGCUUGGUUUUAACCCAAUCUUCUGUUAAGUCUUACAUCCAAAGAUGAACUUGAAAGAUUUUUUUACUUGUGUAAGUUACACUUUAGGACAAAUGAACAAAUUUAUGAGUCGUAAGUCUGGCAAUACUGCUAUUUUGAAAGAUAAUCCUUUAUUUUACUUGAGACCUUAGGUCUUUGUUCUGGUUGGUAGAAAGUAAAUCUCUGGGUUUCUAGUAUGAACUUUAAGAGGAUAGAAACUUCUCAAGUAUGGGUGGAUCACUUGAAUUCUUUUAGCUGGCAGAGACUCAUGGACCCAAGCCACCAAAUAGCUUGCUCCUCUCUAUAUAGGUUGGUAUGAGGGACUGCUGUACAGACCCACGUGAGCCCACCUUGGUGCUAGAAGCGGUUAAUUUCUUUUUCUGAAAACCUCACAUCAGGCUGCACCCUCCUCGCUACCCAACACCAGGCUUUGUUUACACUGAGCCGCCUUGGUGUGGAUUAUCGGAAUGUGCACUCCUCUCCUGCCUGCCUCCUCAUCUGAGGUCUAGUGGGGCUGUAUUCUCAGGAAGAGCUUGGUACUUGUGGGGACUUCGCUUUUCUCCCUGUGAUCAGUGAAGACUCUUGGGAAAAAGCUGUUUCAGCCUCACUGUGACUCCUCAGCAGACUGCAUGAUUGAACAACUCAUUCUGGUGCUCAGGCUGCUCUUUAGCACCAGGUCAGUCCAGAGCAGUAGGUUUGGCCUAAUGGAUGUUCCUUCACAGGCAGCAUGGCUGCACUGGAUUAUACAGCUGCCCUAGGAUGCCCUGAGACCCUGUCAUUCUGGGCUCAGAAGAACCUGCUGGCUUGGUUCGCUCAGUGGUCUUCUUGUCCUUUGAUGUUGGAGUUGAUCAAUGGUAGACAGUCUCCCUUUAUGACCAUUUUUCUCCACCAAAUUGGCCCCGUCUCAGACAAGGGAGUAACCUUGGUCAUACUUGCUCAAUAAAGACAAUUCAGGGGAACAUGCUCAUUUGUUUUGGGUUCAGGGCAUGCAUCUGUGAGAACAUGGGGGGACAUCCUUAACUAUCACGGGCUAAAAAUUUACAUAGCAAAUUCCAGCCUGGCAACAGGGAGUCUUGUGCAGAGGUUGACUUGCCUAGACUAUGUAAACAUGACUCCUGUCUGAGCCAAGCCGGCACCUGUCCCAGGGACCCUGGAGCUAAUGCUUUAAGCAGAAUGCACUUGCUUGAGGAUCCCUGAGCCAGGCUUUAGCUUUCUUCACUCAAGUAAAUGACCAUCUAAUCCCAGGAACUUGCUCUUCCCCAGUGGCUCCUGGGGGAAGCAAGGGCCUCACACCCCAGGUACCCUAAUACUUGCUUAAUGAGCCAUGUCAUCCUCCUCUCAUGACUGAAUGGUGACUGCAUUUCCCCCUCUGUGUUGGAUACAGAUGAUUCCCAGGAACGCUUCUGUGGGAGGGAAGCCAGAGACUCCCUACAGCACUCAAGCUUUGUUGUGGAAUUAAUUUCCGAGGUUUUUUUUUUUUUAAUUGGGGACUUGAGGGAGGAGAACAGUGCUGGGGAAUCGGAGGA